AUGAACGUUGCAGAUAGAGGAAUGCAUAUAAUUCUCUUGUAUUUGAGAAUGAAUGCUUAUACAAUUCUAUCAAUUUAAAUGCUUACCAAGGUUAAUCAAUCAUGUUCAAGUAGAAAUAAUCUAAAAUUUAGAUGA